AUGAGCAUCAAAUUAGAAUGUUCAGAAAUAUCUAUGGUGACCCGGGAGACUAGACAAACCUCUCAAAUUAAUAUGAUCUUUAUGUAUAUUGACACGUCACUGGAAUCAUUAACGCCGGAGCAAAAGGAAGAUGUUGUCAAAGUCAGCCUGUCCACCUAUAAACUGGAUAAUGUCAAUGUCCGCGAAGCGAUACAUGAAAGAUAUGACGCCGAGAUAAUUGGAAAAGACCUAUUCAUCAAAUAUAAUGGAGGUCAUAGGUCCAAAACCCAUUUCAAUCUGGCACAUUCAGCUAUGAUGCAAGAUCCGAGUUGGGAUGUAAAUAUUGAUAUGAUAUGUGUGAUGGGAGGUAAUAAUUUUCGACCUGACGUUGGCAUUUGGUUUCGGACCUUAACGUUUGCACAAAAUUCAAGACCCAUUGCAAACUCGUGCCCACCACCAAACGUAUGGAUAGAGGUUUUCUAUAACCGAGAUCCUGAUCGUAGUCUUGCUUUAUCUAAGAUUGACUUAAUUCGACAAUACUUGGCCGAUAUCGAAUAUGUCGGAAUUGCUAUCCCAUCUGCAACCAAUCCUUUUCCCGAGAACCCAAAUCCAUGGGUUGUUACGACACCCGCAACUCCAACACUUGAAAUGCCUACUAGGGCCCCGUAUAUUAUCUAUUUGCGGAAUGUGAAUAGCAAUCUGGUUUAUUAUAAAAUGAAUUGGAACGAACACCUCGACCUAAAAUGUCAUUGGAUAGUUGAAUUCAACGUUGUGCUUAAUGUAAUUUCUCAACCUUAG